AUGAUAACGUAAUUAUAUUAGAUAUAAAUAUAAUCGAAAGUCGCGCAAAAUCUGUACCAUUAGAUUAGAGUAGCAACAAAAGGUGGUGACGUACAAUCGUUUAAAUGUUUCUCUAAAGAAAGAAAAGACGGGGAUUAUGUUUCGUUACUUUCAUUUAGUGCUAUUUUUCAUUUGUACGGUACAAACAACGAACGGUCUUUCCAUUCAACCAAAAGUGGUAAAUGGAACUGACGCAACGGACGGAAAAUAUCCUUAUGCAGUUUCGGUGCGAUAUUUUGGAUACCACGAAUGCGGAGGAUCAAUUAUAGGGGAUAGAUGGAUAUUGACGGCCGCCCAUUGCAUUUAUUCGAGCCUCGUCAGUAACGCAACGGUUCUUUACGGAACGGUUCACCUACAGAACGGCGAAAGUCCGGAGAGCUACACGGCGAAGGUAAUUCAAUUAAUUCAACAUGACCGAUAUACGGCUCUAGCUCCCAGCUACGAGAACGAUAUUGGAUUAAUAAAGCUCAAAGAACCGCUUCAAUUUAAUGAUCGUGUUCAGCCAGUUAAUUUAGCUGAAAGUGUAUCUCCAACUCCAGCUGGAGAGUCCGGGGUUUUAGUUGGAUGGGGAUAUGAGAUAGAUAAUGGAUCCGUUCCUGAAAUUCUUCAACAAGUUGAAUUAAUGAUUUAUUCUGAUGUGGCUUGUUUUGAAGCACAUCACGGUGAAGCACAAAUACACGUACAUCUUUGUGCAGGAUAUCCGGAAGGUGGCAAAGGACAAUGCACUGGCGACUCUGGAGGACCUCUUACGGUGAACGGGACACAAUACGGUAUCGUUUCUUGGUCGGUAAAACCGUGCGCUGUUGCAGGAUAUCCAGGAGUUUAUUCCAAAGUUUCCACUUACAGACAAUGGAUUUAUAAUAAAACUGGAAUAUAAAAAGAAAUAUUACUUUUCUUUUAACAUUAAACGUACACAGCAAUAAAA